GCUUACCUCAGCGACCUGCCCCUAUUUCUGCCAGUCCAUUGAUCGUAGAUUUUUACUCCUUUUCAGUAGCUCUUCAAUGCACUAUGUUUCGCGCAAUCUUGUGCCUCCACCUUCCUUCAACCCCUCGGAAGGAACAAAUACCUGCAAAGGUCCAGCUAGCGGGCAUUUGAUGGUCGCUCGGGACAAUUAGGGCCCCGGCCCGGGGCAUUCUCAACCAAUAGGAGCCGAGAGAAGGACGAUGAUACGCCUCGAUGGGUAGUUACAGGCAGUUUUCAUCCCCCUUUCAAGGAGACUUUUUUUCUCUAUAGAAUAUGAUUCACUAGAAAGACUGGCAAGCGCUGUAACAUAGUAGAAAACGGACUAGGAGUAUAUAAUAACAGGCUUCGUACCAGAUUUGCAACCUCAACAACCUCAAACUCACCGUCUCCUCGCCAAACGAAGAAUCCAGCACAGUCGAACCCGAAGUGCUGGAAGAGCGAUAAGAAAUGGGCCUUGCCUCAGCCCUUUACAACUCCGUCCGCGGCGGCGUCAGCUUCAACCCAGCAACCGACAUCCCUCCGCUUAAUGGCAAAGUGAUUCUCGUCACCGGGGGCAACAGCGGCCUUGGCAAGAGCGCCAUCAAGUACCUCGUGCAGAAAUCGCCGGCGUGCAUCUGGUUGGCCUCGCGUGACGCAUCUCGAGCCCAGGCCGCCAUCGACGAGAUCGUUUCCCAAGUCCCUUCAGCCAGCACGGUCAUCAAGCCCCUGUCCCUUGACCUGGCCUCGUUUGCCUCCAUCAAAUCCGCGGCCCGGCAGGUCCUGGCCGAGUCCGACCGCCUCGACAUCCUGAUGCUCAACGCGGGCAUCAUGGCCACGCCAGCGGACACCACCAAGGAGGGCUACGAAAUCCAGUUCGGCACCAACCACGUCGGCCACGCCCUGCUCACCAAGUUGCUCCUCCCUUUACUCCUCAAAACCACCACUCUGCAACAGCAGGAGCAGCAAAAACCGGACGUCCGCGUGGUGGUGGUCUCCUCGGCGGCUCACCGAAAUGCCCCCGCAUGCGGAAUCGUGUUUGACACGCUGCGAACGCCGCAGACGGAGCUAUGGGCCUGGGCGCGCUACGGGCAGAGCAAGUUGGCCAACAUCCUCUUCGCCAAGGAGCUCGCGCGGCGGUACCCGCACCCGCAGCUGACCGUCGUGGCCGUGCACCCGGGCGUGGUCAACAGCAAUCUGGCCGGGCCCUUGUCGGAGCAAUACCGCGCCGCGCGGCUGGCCAUCGGCGUCGCCGGCCGCAUCUUCUUCUCGUCGACCGAUGUGGGCGCCAAGAACCAGCUAUGGGCGGCGACCGCUCUGGAAGGUGUGCAGAGCGGAGAGUAUUACCACCCGGUUGGGGUGACCGGGUGGGCGAGUGACUUGGCUGUGGACGAUGGGCUGGCGCGGAAGUUGUGGGAUUGGACGGAGAAGGAGUUGGAUGGGGAGAGUAUUUUAAAAUUUUGGAUUUUAGAGGAGGUGGGUUGAU